CAGGAGUAGAGCAGGCUCAACAAUCCAGUGAGCUUGGGCCAUGAGCGUCUCGGACUCGGCACAUCGUCCCUCAGACCCUGAACAAGUCUCUCUUCCGGUCCAGAAGGACGGGCUUGGCCUCCCUUUGCCCACCAGGGGAACCCCCUCCUGGCCUCCGUCCCCGGACCAGGAUCCUGGUUUGCCCCCCUUUCCUCUGGAAGAGCCUGGCCCCAGGCCCAUGGCCCCAGAGAGCCUUCCCUCUCCAGCCUUGUCCCUAGAGAAAGAAGAGGAGGAGGAAGAGGAUGAGGAUGAGGACGGAGAAGAUGCAGAGGAGCCCGAGGAGCUGCGCAGCGAGGCGCAUCCCAGCCAGUUUUUCGCGGAGGCACAGCGGCUGCGAGAGCAGAGGUUGUUGCUGGAUGAAGACGUGUCAGUCGGGGGGCGAGUAUACGGGGUGCAUCGGGUGAUCUUGGCCGCAGUCAGCAGCCUCUUCAGAGGCAGGCUGCAGGGCAGCAGAGGUCUGCAACGCCCCCUCAACCUGGAUGUAACCCCCGGGGCCUGGGAGGCCAUGCUGACCUUUGCCUAUGAGGGGGUGCUGGGACCCGCCCCACGGGAGGAUGUGCUGGUCGCGGCUGAAGCCCUGGGCGCACCCCGGGUGAAGGCUGCAGCCCAGUGGGGACGUGAGGGGGCUGGAAGCACCCGGGAAGAUGAAAAGCAGCCCAGCCAGGCAGAGGAACUGAGAGAGAACCUGCGCACCAUGGAGCUCCUGUACCAAGAAGGCAUCGGGUGUGACCUGGAGCUGGAGGCAGGCGGCUGCCGGCUGCGGGUGCACCGAGCAGCCCUCGCCUGUGGCAGUGAGUUCUUUGGGGCCAUGCUCCUGAGCGGGAUGAGGGAAUCCCAGGGCACAGAGGUGUCUCUGCAUACCAUCUCUGCCCAGGACCUGCGACUCCUUGUCUCCUUUGCCUAUUCUGGGGUUGUGCGGGCAAGGUGGCCAGGACUGCUGAGAGCCACCCAGGCUGCUCUGCGGUACCAGAGCUCUUCCUGCCUGGCUCUGUGCCAGAGAGCCUUGGCACAAGGCCUCAACCCUGCCCGUUGCCUGGCCCUGAUCCCCAUGGCUGAAGCCCCUGGGCUGGAGAGGCUCUGGAGCAAAGCCCGUCACUACCUCCUCACCCACCUGCCUGCUGUGGCUUUGUGCUCCACUUUCCCAUCUUUACCGGUCGCCUGCCUGGCUGAGCUCCUGGACAGCGAUGAGCUACACUUGCAGGAGGAGUUCGAGGCCUUUGCAGCUGUACUGCGUUGGCUAGCUGCCAACCCUGACACCCAGGAGUCAGAGGCCAAGGCCCUGCUUCGAUGUGUCCGCUUUGGCCGUAUGUCCACCAGGGAGCUGCGGAGGGUAUGGGCGGCCAGGCUGCCUCCACCCUUGAGCCCGGACUUGCUGCGUCAGCUGAUGGUGGAGGCUGAGGUUCCAGGACAAGAGAGGCGGAGGGAGCCUGACCAGGCACUAGUAGUGAUUGGUGGGGACGGGCUCAGAUCAGACAUGGCCACGAGACAGCCGUCCCGAGGAGUGUGGUGGGCCCGGGCCUUCCGCUGUGGCGUAGGACUGGUUCGAACUGUGGAGUGGGGACGGCUGCCUGCCCUGCCUGCCCCCGGGCGCUUUCGGCAUGGGGCUGCGAGCCUAGCUGGAAGUGAGCUCUACGUGUGUGGUGGACAGGAUUUCUACGGCCACUCUAACACCCUGGCUUCGACUCUCAGGUGGGACCCCAGGCAAGAGGACUGGGAGGAGAUGGCACCUUUGUGCCAGGCUCGGAGCUUUUUCCCCCUGGUGGUGCUGGAUGGACUGCUUUAUGCCCUGGGUGGACGAGACAGUGGUGUUGCCCUCAGCUCUGUGGAGACCUAUAGCCCCAAGCUCAAUAUCUGGAGGCCGGCACCUGCUCUUCCAGCACCACGCUUUGCCCACGCAGCUGCUGUUUUGGAGGGCCAGCUGUACGUGAGCGGCGGCUGCAGCGGGACUGGCCAGUACCUGGCCUCGUUGCUGCACUAUGACCCCAAACUUGAGAAGCCGGGGACACUUCUGAGCCCUAUGGGGGUACCUCGGGCUGGCCACGUCAUGGCUGCUCUGGGUGGGCAGCUGUAUGUAGCGGGUGGGCUAGGUGAGACUGGGGACCUGCUGAGCUUUGAGGCCUAUGAACCAAGGACUGAUAGCUGGACUCACCUGACCCCCCUGCCCUCGCCCCAUGUCGGGGCUGCAGGCGCUGUGCUGCAGGGGGAGCUACUGGUGCUGGGGGGCUACAGCCACCGUACUUAUGCCCCCUCCCACCUUAUCCACGCCUUCUGUCCUGGCCUGGGCCGAUGGCUGUGCCUGGGAACUCUGCCGAGGCCUCGGGCUGAGAUGCCUGCCUGCAUCCUGACACUGCCCACCGUGGAGCAAAUAGCUUUGGUUCCCACACGGCACCAAACUAAACCUGCCGGGUGAAGGGGGAGUGGCGGUGGAUGGCGUGAGGAAGGGAUAAGAAACAUUUUGAGAGGAUAGAAAUGAUGGGGGCAGGGAUAAAGAGAAGGCUUUAUUCAUGAUCAUAUUUCAUUCUAGCACAGUGCUUUACAACUCACACAGCGCUUUUGUAUGUAUGAUCUGCAUUGAGGAAAAGGUGGUUCUGGAAUUCCUAGGAAAAGAGUGUUGGGGAAGGAGAGGCAGCUGAAUACCUAGGUAAGGAGAGGAGACCCAGGGGCAACUGUACAAGGUUUAGAUUCUUGGUGGGGAAAGUGCAUCUGGUGGGGCAGACAGUCAAGACGUGUCAAUAGCCAAGGUGUAGGGGCCAUGAGAGGUCAGUUGGGAAAACGACGUUCUGAUCAAUGGACGAAGGAGAAAAACGUGGAGAGGCCAUCCGUGAAAGAGCUGAGGGGUGUGGGGGAAGGACUGCGAUUGCUGCUUCUCUUUACUCUCCAAUCCCUGGGACACCCAAACCCUCCUAAAAGGUUCUUUCUCAGGUAAACUUGUAGACCCAGUCUAGAGUUUCCUCAGCCAUACACCACAGGCUGCCCCUAAGAGCCUUUUGGUUUUCAAUCUGAGGAGGACGCUCCUGUCUGGACCCGGCACAGCGCAGGGGCCCGAGAUGCCAGGGCGACGAGGUGGGAGUGCUGCAGGCGGGGACGAUGAGGAGGGGAAGGAGGGAGACGCCCAUGGUGGCAAAGGGAUGAAACAGGAUUUGAGGGCAUGGGGUGGGAGAAGUCAGGAGCCUGGCUGGCUUCUUUCCUUCCCUUUGGGCUGAAUCGAGGGAUCAGGAGAGAAAACAGUACAGUGUGGUGUGAGGUCCUAAGUUGUGAGAGGAAGUGGCAGAGAGAAGAGUGAGAGACAGAAGAGGCCCAGAAAAGUGGUUUCCUCCUCUGUCCCUUUCUUCCAGUUUUUUUUGAAUCCAUUUCCCUUUUUCUUGGCCAGGGAAAGUUGAGUCAGAUGUUUCCUCUCUCUCUUCCUCCACCCUGCUUUUCCUUCCCUUUUUUUGCUCUCUUCUAUCUUUUCUCCUUUCUCCCUCACAGUUAUUAAUUAUCUACUGUGUGCCGGGUACGAUGUGGGGCACUAAGGAUCCCAAGGUCAGGGAGCUCCCGACCAGCACACAGACUUGUAAGCAAAUACAAGUUUGACAGUGGACUUAGAGGUAUGGACACUUGCCUCAUACCUCUCCCGAGAGCCGCGUACCUCACAUGCCUCGUAGUUGAAGGUAUGAGAGCCCAGAGGAUGGAGGAGGGAACUCUGUCCAGGGAAGACUUCUGUUAGGAAGGCAUCAUCAGAUGGGUGUAGAAUGAACUGGAUCUUGAAGGCUUCCUGGAAACUCACCAGUCAGAGAAGGAGGGAGGCAUUCCAGUCAGAAGAAAGAAGUGAAUGGGGCAUGUGGUGCCCUGUGUCUCCAUAGCAAAGGGGAAGUCAGUAUUCCAGGGAUUCUUCAGAGAGUUCUGCUGCUGUGCCAGCCUACUCUCUUCCCUGGAGCCUUCCUGAAGACAGUGGCUUUCACCUAAUUGUAUGUUCUCUUCCUCCACAACUCCCCUACGUCUUUCCUGUCUGGUAUUUCCACUUCUGACCCCUGAGCAGCUUAAGGCAAAGAAGGGCCACUUCUUUGUACAGGUCAAUUUUCUCUUACCCUUGCUGAUUUAGAUUCUCAUGCUGCUAAGGGUGAGAUGAGGGAGCCUCCCUCGCAUCUUUCUUCAUCCCGGCCAGGAGAGACUUGACGUGUUUUUGUUUAUUGUUUUGAGAUUUCAUUAUUUUAUUCAGGUUUCUUUCUAUAUCUCUGUUUAGGAACAUAGUUGAAAACGAGGAGGGGUAAGUAGGCUAUAAAGAGAACAGAGAAGAAAGACUGAGGAAGACAGGGAAGAAGGAAAUCGGAAACACUGGGAAACUACGAGGAUUGAGUCUUUAGGGUGAACUUCUGUGAACACGCUCUGUGUGUGAUUCGUAUGCAAAGACAGGCUUAAAUAAAGGUUUCACCAUGAC